AUGGGUAACUGUCUAUCAACUCUUCGCUGCUUUUUCGGAGGCCGACGUGCUUCGGAGCCUAACGAAGAUGACGUUCCUCUUGGUAUCCUUCCUCAGAGUACGAGCAAGGAUAAUGCACACAAUCCCCAUCUAUCUCCCGCUGGCGGCGAUGAAACCGCGUUCCCUACUGGCAGCAUUACGAUUCCUGCUAGAGAAGGCCAGGAGUCGAGUGACUCUGCGCAGAGUACCAUCGUAGAAUCACCAAACUAUCGAGUGGAAGGGGAUACUGCCCCCGGUGAGGCGUCCGAUGGCGACACGAUAGCUCAUACCAAUGGCGAUGCCCAGUUGCCCGACUCCGAGAACGACGCUGAGAUCGAACAUGCUCAGAUCCGAACCGCACGACCUGUUUCCAUCCUCCGCGUUGGAACUGCUCGAAUCGUCUCGGCAAGAUCAGCUGCCAACGUUCGCUCCGUCACUUUCGACUUACCCGAUCAAUCGCCCGGCGGCGGCGGCUUGCAGCAGUCAGUGACUAUGGCGGAGAUCAGCAAGGCUCCGCAGCAGAACCCUAACAACGAUCCCGUAGCGAGCUACAUCAAGAAGAAUGCCGAGACCAUCGAGGCGGCUCGACGUAAGUGGGUCGAUUUCGAAUUGGACCAUGUGCGUCAGGCCCAGCACGCCCAGUUCGGGCAGGAUCUCACGAAGACGAAGAAGCGUCCUGGCGAAUUGUACAUGGUUCCGUACUUCGACGAAGGCGACCUGGACGCGGGUGGCAAGGGAAUGCUUGGCAUGGGAAUCCCCACGCAUGCUCGCGUGUCUUCCGAGCUAUACACGAAGCAGAUUAGAGACAUAAGCGGACAGAGUCUGCGCAUCGCCACUCCCGGCCAGACACGCCAGACGCGCAGCAUGAAUCAGCUCCACGAUGGCCAGAACGUGAGCCCUGUGUCCCCCGGCAGCGCCCAUAGCGCCCUGGUCAGUCCCCUGACCCCCACGGGCACGGGUCGAUGGCCUCUUCGCGGUUCCUCUUUGAGUCCUCGUUCCGGAACUUCCAAUAUGGCGUACCAUAGCGACAUUAACGCCCGUCGCGGUCUCGCCCGUCUACAGGAGAUGCGACCAGCUAAGCGCCUCUCCAUUGUCAAGGAGCGUCGCCCUCAGGCAACUGACGAGGCUUGUGUGCCUCUCUUGGGCCCCGAGGGCCAGGCAACCGAGAAUUUGCCCGAGAGUGAGGAAGAGGACACCGAGAAGGAACAAGAGAACAACGAGAAGGAGACUGAGGAGAAGAAGACCGAGGAGAAGACCGACGAGGAGCUAAUGGGCAAAGCGCUCGAGCAGGUGGGCCAGACGCUCAUGAAGGCGCGCGCGCGCAUCGUCAACAAGGUGCGCAAGCACGUGGAGGACGAGAUGCACGCGGCGUACAUCGCGGAGGCGAUCCUGGGGAUGGCGGACGACAUCGUGGAGGAGUGCGCGCACGCGGACAACGCCGACAGCCAGCACCUGAUCCGCUCCAACGUGGCCAGGAUCCGCCGCGUCUCCGACGUCGAGAUGAAGAUCGAGCGCGUCACCGACGCCGACCUCGAGUACUGCGCCGAGUCGACCAAGAAGCAGAAGGCCGCCGCCCUGGUGGAGAUGUGGAAGGCCCAGGCGCGCGCCGAUGUCGAGGCUAAGCAGAAGGGCAAGGGCAAGGCGACUGGUGUCGUCGACGACGAGGAGUGGAAGGGUGCGCAGCCUGGCGGUAGCGAAGGCUCGAUUUUCUGA